UUCUCUCGAGAACUUUAAAUGUAUUUUUUGUGACAUAGUUCUCUUGUUUGUUAGUUUUAUAUCCUUAUAGCAGUCAACAGAAAAAUCAAUAUAAUUAGAAAUAGAAGUGCUAUAAUGCUCAAUGCUUCUUUUUAGUUCGUUCUUUUACGAAAGAAUAAUUUUAAACGAUGGAAGGUUCGAAAGUGGCAAAAAGAAUAGCACCAGACGAUUCCGAUGAAAAAUUACUCGAACCUACUUUAGUAAGAAUUAAUAAACGUGGUUGUGCGCCUGAUAAUAUUCACGUGGAUAAAAAUGAGUUUAAAAUAGGUCGCGCAAGAGAUAAUGAUGAAAUCAUUUUGGAUACAAUGAUAUCUAGGAGACAUUGUAUUUUAAGAUGCGAAGGAAAUGACGAAUGGACUAUUAAAGAUUUUAGUUCUUCUGCUACAUUUGUUAAUGAUGUUCCUCUAACAUCUGGUGUCAGUCAGAGACUUUAUGACGGGGAUAUCAUACAAUUUAGUAUAUCUGAAGAAUUUAAAUAUAUGUUCACUCUUUCUGUUAAAGAUGAACAUAAAGCUAAAAAGCCUAAGUUAAAUGAACAAAUAUUAGAUAAUGUUCGUAUAGAACAAAAGACAUUUGCAGAAAAUCAAGAAUGUCAGAAAAGAGUUCUUAAAAAUAAACUACAAACAAAACAAAAGGAACAGGACAAAUUGAAACAGCAAUUAGAGCAGCUAUUAAAGCAACAAAGUGUCACAAAAGAGGAUACUGAAGAUCUCAAGAAGCAAAUUACAAUACUAGAAAGUAAAAUAGAACAUGGUAAUGUUCAAGAGCAGUAUUUACAACAUAUGUAUGCUGAAUUAUUAGAAAAACUGGAAAAUGAAAGAAUUCAAUUUGAAAAAAGAUUGAAUGAUGAAAAACAAAAAUGGCAAGAAGCGUUAAAUGUAAGUAAACUGGAAAAAGAAAUGUUAGAAUUGAAAAUGAAAGAACAAAUGGAAAAAUGGAGAGAAGAGCAACAAACUGAAUGGAAAAAUGUUAUGGAGAAUAGAGUCAAAGAAGAGAAAAGUAUACAAGCCCAAUUAUUAAAUGAAAAGAUAGUUUUAGAAGAAAAAUUAAAAGAAACAGAAAAAGCUUUGAAAGAGAAAGAAGCUAAAGUAGGGACAAUACCGAAUAAUGUUGCAGGAACUUCUGAUAAUUCCAAUGAUAGUUGUAUAUUUUUAGAAAUUAUGAAUGAUCCUUCAGAAUUUCAAAUUGUAGAUACAAUAGAUUUAACAGCUGCUACUCAGCUUACCAUGGACACUGAAGGGAAAGAAAGUGUGCUUAAUAAAGUUAAUGAUAUAAUGGAUGAACAGUUAACUUGUAGUAUUUGUUCAGAAUUAUUUGUGAAAGCAACAACAUUAAAUUGUAUGCAUACAUUUUGUCAACAUUGUAUAAAUUUGUGGAACAAAAAAAGAAAAGAAUGUCCAGUGUGUAGAACACCAGUGUCAUCAAUGAAUAGAUCAAUAGUCCUUGAUAAUUUUAUUGAAAGCAUGUUAGAAAAUUUACCUAUUCGAUUUAAAGAAAGAAGAAAAGAACUUGUAGGAGAAAGGAAAGAAAUGGAGCACAAGAGAAAAAUUCAUUAA